AAAGAAUACCUUUCUUUCCAUGUAUCAUAGAUUGAUUAUGAACACAAGUGAUUCAUCAAAUGAGAAACGAACUCUAUUGAGAUGCAAAUAAUCCAAAUUAAAAACCGAUGAUAUAUUUCAUUUUAAUAGAAACACAAGAAAGAGAAAUUGCUUUAUUUCAGGUGCUGGAAAAUGAUCUACAAUCAUCAUCAGAAAAAAAGAAAACUAAGCAAGCAUCGGUUAUAUCAUCUAGAAAAAGAACUCUUAGGAAAAAAACUACUGCUUAUACAAAACGAGUAAACACAUUUGUAUGUCAAUGAAUACGAAUAGAAUCAAUUGUUUCAGAAAAUCAAUCAACCGAAAGCAAACAAUGGUAGUGGGAAAAUACGAGUUCAUACAGGAUUGAAUGGAAACUAUUGACGUGUAAGCUUUUUUUGUCUUGACAAAUUUCUGUCUUUUAAAACGAGUUAUCAAAUAGAAAGAAUGAUCUUAAUUUUGUCUCUUAGAUUUCUCCAAUUAAUCGUCAUAUUCAUAAAUCUACAUUCAAUCAAAGUCAUCGAGAUUGAGAUGAUGAUUCCUUAUCGGAGUCUGAAAGUGUAACUCAUAAAAAACAUAAAAAACGAUUAAUUUCAACCUCGUCCGUUUCUUCAACUGAUCUUCACGCAACAUGUCUUUAUCCAAAUAAAACUUUUAUAACAUGUCAAAGCCCUGCUGAUUCAUUUUUUCUCUGUCAAGUUCUUCAAGAUGUGUAUCCUCAUACAAAAUAAAUUCGUAUUCGAUGGUGUUUAUUAGCUGAUGAAAAUGGUGAUGAAACGAAAAUUGAUGAAAAUAAACGUUUCAAAUUUGAUUAUGAAGAUAAACUUGAUUCAAAUACAAUUCUUACUGAAAUUCAACAUCUUAUCCAUCAUGCUGAUAAAACUAUAUCUUUAUUAAAACAAGAUAUUAUCGAAACGAAUAUUUUAUUAAAGAAGUCAAUGAAAGGUGAAUCAAUGGAUUUAAAUAGAGAGAAUAAUCUGAUGAUUACGUCAGAUAAUAAUCAAAAACAACCGACCAGAAAAUGCAAACAAAUCACUAGUGUUAAAUCUGCUCGUAAGUUAUCGUUUUCAUUAAUGAUGUUCAUUCUUAAUUUUGUUUUCAUAGCUGUGCGAAAACGACGACGUACUCAAGGUAUUGAUGAAAUUAUCGAAGGAGAAAAGAAAGUGGUUAAAUAA